CCAGCCGCCCGAUCAGGAAGUGGCGGGCGGAGCCGGGGUAAGAGUCGCCGCUUCAGCCGCCGCCUCAGCAGCAGCCGCCAGUGCGAAGACCCCCGAGCUGGCGGGGCAGCGCUGGGCAUGCGUACCGGGCGGCGGAGGCGCUGACAACGAGCUCGAAGCGGCAGCCACGCGGGCGUGGGCGGCUGGUCCAGGCGGAGGCUCUGGGAGGCGGCGGCGGGGCGCGUGGGGCGGCCCUUCUGGCUCAGCAUUAUGGAUCCAAGUCUUUUGAGAGAACGGGAGCUAUUCAAAAAACGAGCUCUUUCCACUCCUGUAGUAGAAAAACGUUCUGUGUCUUCGGAGCCAUCAUCAUCAAAGAAGAAAAAAGCAAAGCUAGAACAUGGAGGAUCAUCGGGCUCCAAACAAAAUUCUGAUCAUAGCAAUGGAUCAUUUAAUUUGAAAGCUCUGUCAGGAAGCUCUGGAUAUAAGUUUGGCGUUCUGGCUAAGAUUGUGAAUUACAUGAAGACACGGCAUCAGCGAGGAGAUACACAUCCUCUUACUUUAGAAGAAAUUUUGGAUGAAACGCAACAUUUAGAUAUUGGACUCAAGCAGAAGCAAUGGCUAAUGAGUGAGGCACUAGUCAAUAAUCCCAAAAUUGAAGUAGUAGAUGGAAAGUAUGCCUUUAAGCCCAAGUACAACUUAAAAGAUAAGAAGGCUCUGCUUAGGCUCUUGGAUCAGCAUGACCAGCGAGGCUUAGGAGGGAUUCUUCUAGAAGACAUCGAGGAAGGAUUGCCCAAUUCCCAGAAAGCUGUCAAGGCUUUAGGGGACCAGAUACUAUUUGUAAACCGUCCUGAUAAGAAGAAAAUUCUUUUCUUCAAUGAUAAGAGCUGUCAGUUUUCUGUGGAUGAAGAGUUUCAGAAACUGUGGAGGAGUGUCACCGUGGAUUCAAUGGACGAGGAGAAAAUUGAAGAGUAUCUGAAGCGACAGGGUAUUUCUUCCAUGCAGGACUCCGGACCAAAGAAAGUGGCCCCAAUUCAGAGAAGGAAAAAGCCUGCCUCACAGAAAAAGCGACGGUUUAAGACUCACAAUGAGCACUUGGCUGGGGUGCUGAAGGACUACUCUGAUAUCGCUCCUGGCAAGUAGUAAACAGUUUGGUCUGAGAGCAAAGAGUUUCAAAGUCAAGAUCUUCCGUGUUGACGCUGGCAUCUGCAGGCUGAUCAUCUUCCUGUUCUCCCACCUAGGACUGAGGAGAGGAGCAGUUCGGUUUACAGAACUAGGGCAAAUUACCAAACUCGAAGCUUGUUUUCCUUAAGGGGCUAAUGAGAAAUGUGAUGUCCCCUGUGAACCUCCUGUCACUUCUCGGGGGAACGGCGCUCAGCAUGGCGUGCAGGCAUCUUUGCUAUUUAUCGCUACUUCUAAGUGGCUCCUGGUUCCAUUUUCCCCUCUUUUAUUACUUUAGAACAAGUUUGCUGGUAGUCUUGAAUGCAAUAUUUGUUUAUUCCAAAAGAUCAUAUUUAUAAUAAAAUCAUUGUAGAAGG